UUGGAAAAAGAAUGGCUGAGCGUUAUAACUUGACUAUUAAAUCGUGUUCUGAGGCGUCGAUGUAAUUGUAGCAACACAACGAACGAGUUGCAGAAGAUAGAGGGAAAUUUGAAAGCUGUGUAUUUGCUUCUCUCUCUCUCAAUGAGUUCCAAUGCCACUAAAAUUUCUUUCUCUGUUCAAUCAAAAUCGAACCGGAAACAGUCGAAAACAGUGCAUCGUCAACAACAUGACGAUCAACCUAGUAAACACUUCGUCACCGAAUUCGAUCCAAACCAAACCCUAACCGACGCCAGCCCGAAGCCCAGACUCAUAAUCCCUCCCAAAGCCAAUGAAUCGCGUCCGCACAAGAAGAUGAAGAACAUCGACCUCUCCAACGAAACCUCUGAUCAACUUCAGUUGGAGCUUCAUAGCACAACCGAAUGUACUGACGGUGGUGCCGGUCAAAUUAUGUACGGUCUUAAUUUGAGGAAAAUUGUUGGCGGCAAUAAGGAUGAGGAACAAGCGGCUGAGUCUGCGGCCGCGUUUGAGCCGGUAGAGAGGGUGAAAUCGAAGGAUGUGAAGUUCGAUUUGGAGGGAUUGCCGGAGGACGAGGGGUUUAAGCAGUAUGAAGAUAUGCCGGUUGAAGAUUUUGGUGCUGCGUUGCUUGCUGGAUUAGGUUGGUAUGAGGGUAGAGGGCUUGGCAAAAACCCUAAGGGAAAUGUUCAGAUUAAGCAAACUGAGAAGAAGAGUUUUGUUUCUGACUAUGCUAUUGCUAGUAAGGACAAUAGGAUAGAAGAGAAACGCACUGACACAAAUGGAGGUGAUAGAAAGGAUAACCCAAUCAAACAUCAAAGUCAGGAGAGUGAAGAUAGAGAUAGAGAGAAUAGAAAUGGGAGCCAAAAGCAUAGGGAGAGCAAACAGAGAGGCAGUAUUAAUAAUGGGAGUGAAAGAAGUAGUAGAAAGGGUGAAAAGAGAGGCAGUAGUAAUGAUGGGAGAAAGAAAAGAAGUAGAGAGAGUGAGAAGAGAGUCAGUAAUGGUGAUGAAGAGAGGGUUUCUUGGCUUAGGCGUAAUAUUAGAGUAAAGAUAAUAAGCAAAGAGUUUGAAAAGGGCAGAUUUUAUUUGAAGAAGGGAGAGGUGGUGGAAGUGGUGGGGACUUCAUGUAAUAUAUUAAUGGAUGACGCUAGAGAGUUGCUAAAAGGUGUUGAUCAAGAUCUUCUUGAGACUGCAUUGCCAAGGAGCAAAGGCGGCGUAGUUGUGUUGUAUGGAAAGCAUAAAGGUGUAUAUGGGACUUUAGUGGAUAGGGAAAUGGAUAGAAAUACCGGUGUAGUUUUUGAUGCUGAUACAGAAGAUUACUUGAAUGUAAAGCUAGAUCAGAUUGCAGAGUACACUAGAGGUCCUAGCAGCUUCGAGUAUUGAUUCUCUUGCUUUAACAAGAUGCAAGACCUGUUUGAUGGGCUUGCGGUGUGCCUCUGGUCAAUUGGUAUUUCAACCUGUACCUCCUGUUAACACAUUGGCUGAUAUAUAGUUCUUUCAAUGAAUUUUUUUGUUGUAUUUUAGUAUGGUAGUUGUCACUGUGAUCUUUCUAUUUGAGUAUUUGUUCUGUGGGAAGAGCUAUGCUCGGUGAUUUAUUUGUUGUAUUUAUAAGUUUUUCAUUUUAUCAGCUACUGGUUUUUGUUCUUAGAAGAUAUUUGCUGGAAAUUAUUAAAUCAUUGAUACAACAGUAA